GGAGUUGUGUAUAAUGUUUGUAUUCUACGGGAAAUGUACAAGUUGUUGUUUUGGUGCCUAUAGUGUAUUCAUACACAUCAUGCUCACUGUCAAGCAUAGCUUAUAAUAUGUGACCAACUAUAUAACAUUGGAAUGAAAUGUGCGGUUUCACACCAUGCGGUCUACUGCCACCAUGCGGGACUGACUUACGCUGUGCGGAGCCAAGAAUCAACUGACUUGAAUAUUGUAAACCCCUGACCUGUGGUUAAAAUGAAGAAUUGGCUGCUUUUCGUUGUUUCUUUCUGUUUGGUUGUGAUAUGCAAAGGACAAGUUACCUGGUAUAAACCUUGUACGAACGAGUAUUAUAUAUAUACUGGUGUGGAGGUUAACUAUUCAACUGCAGUUAGUGCGUGUACUUCUAUGAACGCUACACUUGCUCGCAUUAAAACUGAACAAGUUCAAGAUUUUGUGAUGGGGAAGAUAAAAUUGUUGUAUCCAGAAGUAACGUUGAUGGCUUUCUACAUUGGGAUGAACCGAAUCAAUUCAAGUUCAACAGGAUUCCAGUGGAAUGACGGAACGAUGGUGACGUCAGGUUAUACGAAUUGGCGUUCUGGUAAACCAAAUAAUGCGGGUGGGAACGAAAAUUGCGUCGUGCUGCCUUAUAAGAUCGGUCUUUCAUUGCACGGCAAAUGGAACGAUCUAACUUGUUCAUGGAAUGGGCGAUACAUAUGUGAACGUAGAUUAGAAAAAGACACAACGACCCAACAACAAACAACAACAGACACACAAAGUACCGACAAAACACCAACAGAUACACAGAGGGCCUUCACAACAACAACAAACAACGACCCACUAGAACAGAUGAAGACAUGUGAAUUCUCAACAAUCCAUGUCGUCAUGUUCUCAUUAGGAAGUAUUGUUGGAACGAGUGUCGUAUUUAUUAUUGGAAUCUGGAUUUACUGUAAGAAACGAAUAAACCAUGACGUCACCGCACCCCCUCCCCCAAAACAAGAGCUGUAUCUUGAACCGAUACCUCACGACAUCAACGAUGGUUAUACGUUACAUUUGAACCGAACCAAUAGGUGAUUGUGACGUCUCGAAACACGUGAUGCCAACGAAUAACGUCACGUAUCUUACUCGGCGAUAUUUUGUUUACUUUAUAAAAGUUAAACCAUAUCUAUGGUUAAACGAGAAACUUCUCUUCUUUUUAGACCACAUGCUACCGAUGUCAUUUAGCUUUUUCUCACAUAACCCCGUCUUCUCAACUCUCUGCCCUUUUCUUCCGCACUUAAUUAAUGCAUAUGUACACUACUAAAUGGGACGAGAAAAUAGAAUAAAAAGGUGUCCCAUCUUCCCCACCCUACUGUAUUACUCUGAGUUACGGCUUUGUCACGCAAGGAUGUAACGUUUACGUUUUAUAGGUUGUUUUAUGAACAAAUAUUGUCGGCGUAUGAAAUUAGCAAUUCUUGAAUGAAUUGGCAUACAGCAGCGUAAAAAUACAAAAAGUACAUGAUGACUGCUUUAACUAUAAAUAAAUCACGUUGACAAACAUUGCGA